GAUGGAAGAAAAACAAGGAGAGGUUAGCAGUAACAGUGAAGUGGUGACAGAAAUUCCGCUUGAAGAUUUAUCGCCAGUCAAGACUGACGCCAAACGUGAGAGUGUCGAAUCGAAUAAUGUCAAAUCUAAAGAUGCAGAAGUGGCUGCAACACCAGAAAAAAAACUCCAGACUAUUUCAAACUUUGAGACGAUGGCUCAUUUAUUAAAAGGAAAUAUCGGCACAGGAAUCUUUUCCCUGCCUUCUGCUUUCAAAAAUUCUGGACUUUGGGUUGGAUUUGGGAUGUUUCCAUUCAUAGCAAUCGUUUGCGUUCACUGUAUGCAGAUGUUGGUAAAUGCAGCAGCCGUCAUGAAAAAAAGAGACCCAAAAUUUUCACUGUCAUAUGCGGGCACAGCUGAAAUGGCUUGCCUCACAGGUGCACCUCAAUUUAAAAAAUAUGCGCGCGCAUUCAGCAUAACAGUCAACGUGUUUAUUUGCCUAAAACACUUUGGCGCUUGCGUUGUUUACUUGGUGUUCACAAGUACUAAUUUGCAAGCGGUGAUCGAAGAAUAUACAGAGAUAAGAUGGGAUGUCCGAAUUUACAUGUGCAUACUCGCGAUUCCGCUAAUCUUCUUAAACUGGAUUCGUAACCUUAAACUGUUAGCGCCCGUUUCGAUGGUUGCAAAUGUUUUGCAAAUGUCGAGUAUUGUUGUCGUGUUCUAUUACAUCUUUCGAGAUCCUCUCCCGCCCGUUAGCUCUGUCCCUGCAUUUGGCAGUUGGGGCGGUCUACCAUUAUUUUUCGGCACAGCCAUCUUCUCGCUAGAAACGAUCACUUUGGUUUUGCCAUUGCAAAAGGACAUGCGUCGCCCAUGGGAUUUUAAAGGCUGGACCGGAAUCCUCAAUACUGGAAUGUCAAUUGUAACUUGCAUCUACAUUGCCAUGGGUUUUUUUGGUUAUUUGCGAUACGGAGAAAAUAUUGAAGGAAGCAUUACACUCAAUCUACCACCGGAUGAAGUGUUGGCGCAAGUGGUGAAAAUUCUUUUGGUCAUUGCAAUAUGCGGAAACUAUGCCGUGCAAUUCUACGUCCCGAUUCCGAUUAUGUGGCCUGGUUUGACAAAACACGCAGCACGGAUCAUAAAGAAUGACCUAGCAGCAGAGUACAUGUUUCGGACAUUUAUGGUCUUAGUUACGUUGCUAUUGGCUGCAGCCAUCCCCAAAAUUGACUUGGUGGUCUCGCUUGUUGGAGCAGUUACUGGCACAUUUUUGGCGCUCAUCCUUCCUCCAAUCCUUGAGUACGUCACCCUCGCUCCUAACAUCAGCAAGCAAAUGUUGACGAAGGAUAUCGUGAUUCUUAUCUUCGGAAUUAUUGGUUUUAUAACCGGGACUUACUCCACUAUUUUGGCCAUUGUCAAUAGCGCACAGGAGGCCUGAGAAAAUUCGAAGCAAAAGAAACGUUUUCAUUUCCAAGAUUUUCUUUUGUGAGUUACCAGCUGUUUUAGUUUCGUCAAAAUAAACAGUUGCUUCAAAA